GACGGUUGUUCCCAGCCAGCCGCCGUCGGGGCCCCCAGAGCCCUAGAGUCGCCUAAGGCCGCCAUGCACCGCGCUGAGCGCUGACAGGCCUCCGGGCCCGGCGGGCGGAAUGGAGAGUCGGAGUGUGCCUCCCGGACCUUAUCGGGCCACCAAGCUGGUAAGACAGCGCAGAACGACUAGACCGGCCAACCGCAGCCGUGGCUGCCACCGACUUUACUGGAAUGAAAUUACAACAUCUUUUCGAGCAGGAAUGCCUCUAAGAAAACACAGGCAACACUUUAAAAAAUAUGGCAAUUGUUUUACAGCAGGAGAAGCAGUGGACUGGCUUUAUGACCUAUUAAGAAAUAAUAAUAAUUUUGGUCCUGAAGUUACAAGGCAACAGACAAUCCAAUUGUUAAGAAAAUUUCUUAAAAAUCAUGUAAUUGAAGAUAUCAAAGGCAGAUGGGGAUCAGAAAAUCUUGAUGACAACAGUCAGCUAUUCAGAUUUCCUGCAAAUUCUCCGCUUAAAAGUUUUCCACGAAGGCAUCCAGAAUUGAGAAAAAACAGCAUAGAGAACUUUUCCAAAGAUAAAGAUAGCAUUUUUAAAUUACGAAAUUUAUCUCGUAGAACUCCUAAAAAACCUGGAUUACAUUUCUCUCAGGAAAAUAUAGAGAAAAUGAACCAUGUAAUAAUCAAUGAAGAUCAAGAAAACUCAGUUGAUAAUAGAGAAAUAAGCCCAGAAGAUAUUGAAGAAGUUUGGAGAUAUAUUAUUCUGAUCUACCUGCAAACCAUUUUAGGUGUGUCAUCCCUAGAAGAAGUCAUAAAUCCAAAUCAAGUAGUUCCUCAAUACAUAAUGUACAACAUGACCAAUACAAGUAAACAUGGAAUAGUUAUACUACAAGACAAAUCAGAUGACCUUCCUCACUGGGUAUUAUCUGCCAUGAAGUGCCUGGCAAAUUGGCCAAGAAGUAAUAUGAAUAAUCCAACUUAUGUUGGAUUUGAACGAGAUGUAUUCAGAACAAUAGCAGAUUAUUUUCUAGAUCUCCCUGAACCUCUGCUUACCUUUGAAUAUUAUGAAUUAUUUGUAAGCAUUUUGGUUGUUUGUGGCUACGUCACAGUUUCAGAUAGACCCAGUGGGAUACAUAAAAUCCAAGAUGAUCCACAGUCUUCAAAAAUCCUUCGCUUAAACAAUUUGAAUUCCUUCAAAUCAACUGAGUGUCUUCUUCUCAGUCUGCUUCAUAAAGACAAAAACAAAGAAGAAUCAGAUACUACUAAGAGACUGCAGAUAAGUGAUCAAGGAUUUCAAGAAAAAUGUGCUAAGAAAAUGCAGCUAGUUAAUUUCAAAAAUAGAAGAGCCAGUGCUAAUGACAUAAUGGGAGGAAGUUGUCAUAAUUUAAUAGGCUUAAGUAGUAUGCAUGUUCUAUCCUCUAACGUCAAAUCAAGAUGCUAUUCUUUAGAAGGAAUUGUAGACUUACCAGGGAGUUCAAGUAAAGAGGUCUCCAAUGUCUUCCAUCAAUCUGUUGUGAAUAGAGAAGGACAACAUAAUAAGCAGUUUUUAGAGUCUAAGACCAAACAGGAAUCCCUAAUGAAUCUUCAUUCAGAGGAAAGUACUCAAAAACCACUCUGUGUUGGUUUUAAGAGAACCUCUACUUUGACUGUUCAAGACCAAGAGGAGUUAUGUAUUGGGAAAUGCAAGUCAAAACAGCCUUGUAGAUCUCAGAGUUUACUUUUAAGAAGUAGUACAAGAAGUAAUAGUUAUAUCAAUAUGCCAGUGGCUGAAAUUAUCAUGAAACCAAAUCUUGGACAUCUCAGCACAAGUAUACAAACAGCUAUGGAAAAUGAACUCGGAGAGUCUAGUACCACAAUCAAUAAAAGACUCUGCAAAAGUACAAUAGAAUUUUCAGAAAAUUCUUUACCUCCAGCUUCUUCUGUAUUGACUGGCACACAAAGUUUGCUGCAACCUCAUUUAGAGAGGGUUGCCAUCGAUGCACUACAGUUAUGUUGUUUGUUACUUCCCCCACCAAAUCGUAGAAAGCUUCAACUUUUAAUGCGCAUGAUUUCUCGAAUGAGUCAAAACGUUGAUAUGCCCCAACUUCAUGAUGCAAUGGGUACAAGAUCACUGAUGAUACACACUUUUUCUCGGUGUGUGCUAUGCUGUGCUGAAGAGGUGGAUCUUGAUGAGCUUCUUGCUGCAAGAUUAGUUUCUUUCUUAAUGGAUCAUCACCAGGAAAUUCUUCAAGUACCCUCUUACUUACAGACUGCAGUGGAUAAACAUCUUGACUACUUAAAAAAGGGCUAUAUUAAAAAUCCUGGAGAUGGACUGAUUGUUCCUUUGCCAACAUAUUCAUACUGUAAGCAGAUUAGUGCUCAGGAGUUUGAUGAACAAAAAGUGUCUACCUCACAAGCUGCAAUUGCAGAACUUUUAGAGAAUAUUAUUAAAAACAAGAGUUUGCCUCUAAAGGAGAAAAGGAAAAAACUAAAACAGUUUCAGAAGGAAUAUCCCUUGAUAUAUCAGAAAAGAUUUCCAACCACGGAGAGUGAAGCAGUACUUUUUGGUGACAAACCUACAAUCAAACAACCAAUGCUAAUUUUAAAAAAAACAAAGUUUCGUAGUCUAAGAUACUAACUGUAUUAAAAAUUAUGUAAUACUUAUAGAACUUUGGUGAAUGAAGCCAUACUUAAGAAUUUAGCUACUAAAAAAGGAAGUCUAUUUAUUAAUAAGGUUUUUCUAAAUAAAACACACGUAUGGAGGUACCAAAGUAAUUUUUUAUCAGUGUAAGACUGCUAAGAAAGUAGUGAGUCCCAACUGUGAGCAAAUAACAAAAGCAAUACCAGAUACUUUAACCAGAAACAUUUUUUUUUUUGACACAACAUCUGGAAAAGCUAUUACAGUGUGUGCUAAAAUUUUAUUUACUUGAAUUUUGAAACCUGACAUGUUUAUCAAGAUUAAGCUAUAAUUCUGUUUUUAAAAGAAAUUAACUUAUCUGCACAUGUGCUUAUGAAUAUUAGUUAAAGUACAAGUUAUUUAGGGAUACUCUUAUUUCUAAGAAUAAGAAUGUGAAGAAUAUUGGAAAACUCAGUGAAUUCUCUACUGUUAAAUGCUGCACUCUUUUGUAUACUCUUUUUCUACUUUUGAUCUAUUUAUAUAUGUGUGUUUUUAAAAUAUGUACAUGUAAGUCUUCAGUUGGCUUUAAACAUUUAUCCCGAGUGCUUCGGUCAUUCAACUGUUCAAUAAAUAUCUCUUGCAUUCUUAUGUUCAUGUAUCUACUGGAAGAUAGUGGUGUAAAAGAAGUAUAAAGCAAUCAUGUGUUCAUUCAAAAUAUAUUUGUUUAGCAACUAC